AGCAACCGAGCACAUAGCUAGAAAGCCUCUGAAAUCUGAAUUGCCAACUCCGAUCUUAGGAGCAGCAGCAAUGGCGAAGCUUUUCACAUUGCUGUUGGCCGCGGUGGUCGUGCUCUCGCUCCUGGUGAGCCCCAUUGCCUGCACCCGCAAGCUCAGCAAGCCCAAGCACAAGGCAAAGCCAAAGCCGGUCAGCCACAGGACGCCGGCGCCUGCGGCCAAGCCGAAGCCGAACCCGGUCAGCUACAAGCCGGCGGCGCCUGCUGUGGCCAAGCCUCCCCGCAGCAACCACACCACUAAGCACUCGCCGUCGAUCGUCUACGGCGGUGCCUGGCUGUCCGGCGCCGGCGCCACGUACUACGGCGCGCCCAAUGGCGACGGCAGCGACGGCGGCGCGUGCGGGUACCAGACCGCCGUCGGGAAGCAGCCGUUCGACUCGAUGAUCGCCGCCGGGAGCACGCCGCUGUACAUGGACGGCGAGGGCUGCGGCGCCUGCUAUGAGGUUAAAUGCACGACCAACGCGGCAUGCUCCGGCCAGCCGGCGACCAUUGUGAUCACCGACCGGUCCCCCGGCGACCUGUUCCCCGGCGAGGUCGUCCACUUCGACAUGAGCGGCACCGCCAUGGGCGCCAUGGCGAAGCCCGGCAUGGCCGACAAGCUCCGCGCCGGCGGCGUCCUGAGGAUCCUGUACCGGAGGGUGCCGUGCAAGUACCCCGGUGUGAACGUCGCGUUCAAGGUGGACCAGGGUGCCAACCCCUUCUACUUCGACGUGCUCAUCGAGUUCGAGGACGACGACGGCGACCUCAAGGCCGUCGACCUGAUGGAGGCCGGCAGCAACGUGUGGACGUCCAUGGCGCACAACUGGGGCGCCACGUGGCGGCUCAACAACGGCAGGAAGCUCAACGCGCCGUUCGGCCUCCGGCUUACCUCCGACUCCGGCAGGGUGCUCGUCGCCAACAACGCCAUCCCCGCCGCGUGGAAGCCCGGGAAGGCGUACCGCUCCCUGGUCAACUACCCCUGAAAAGAGGGAGUUGGAGGAGUCCAUGGCGGGCAAUGUGCGUCCGGAUGUCGCGAGAGGCAGCAAUGUCAGAAGUCUGAAGAGGAAGAGGAGGAGGAGGUUGAAGAAGAGAAUGGCGUUCUUCCCUCCCUCCACGGUCUCAGUGUAUGCAGUCCCCAAGUGAUGUGUGACUGUGUGAGCCAUGACUGUAAUUUCAUUUUUUUUUCCAUUCCGAUUUGUUAGUUGGUGCUGUACUCGAGGAAAGGGAGAAGCUUGUCUGAGUUGUGUGUUUUGACGUUUUUCGACAAUGAACUAGACCUUUCAGAA